AUUCUCUACCAUUAAUGAACGGCUUCCAAAUUCCUAGGGCUUAUUACUUCGUUGGGUUAUUAACGGGUGGAGCUACCCUCCAGUGACUUGUGUCAACACAAUAUGAAAAAUUUCAGAGACAAGCAGUGUUUAACCCUCCUAUGAUGGAAACUAUUACUAUGAACCUUCCUUCUGAGUAUAAAUACCUAGGCGGUUAUGAAGGAUAUCCAGAUGAUGGCAAUGGAGUCUAUUCCAAGCACCUUUCAUACGGAGACUGGGUCCAACUUAACGUAAUGCAGAGAAUUAAGCGUAAUAAUGUCGAACAGCUCUGUUUCUUUGCUCCAUUCAGUCUAAUAAAUGGGAUCUUUUUCCCUUAUACGACUUGACUUCUCUUAUCGGGAUAUAUUGGAGGCAGAACUAUGUACAAAGCCGGUUAUAUGACAGAUGAAGCUGACAUGAACCAAAUUAGACAAGUAGGCUCACUGACAGUCAAUGUGUGUAGUAUUACAACAAUGCUGCUGAUUCUUUUCUCAGGACUCAGAUUUUACGGAUAUGGGCUUAGAUUCACAAGGUUUAUAAAAUAAAGGAGCAUUCAAUUCUCUGUAAA